GUGAGCCCAGUCUUCCUGAGGUUUCAGGGCGCUCGCCCUGAACCGGCGAGGUGGGAAGCUAAGGUAGACGCGGGCUGAACUGGGGUCGCCGAGGUAGAGGUGUGGGGAGAACAAGGAGGACUGAGGCCAACAGAGGCGGGGAGCGGCUAGAGGGGUUCAUGGAGGGUGAGGCAGGGGAGUGGAGGCUGUAGUCGGGGGCUGGGGAGAAGAGUGCAGAACCAGAAGGAAGGAGACGCUGGAACGGGGCGCAAGUUGGAGCUGCGAGAGCAGGUGGCACCUGUGCUGGUCAGACCCGAGGAGAGUCGGAAGGCACUAGGGUGGAGGUCUGCGGGGACAGGGAUCACUGAUCUGGGCUUACGUGAGGGCGGUGGAGCCAGAGUUUGAGCCGGAUUCCAGAUCCACGCUGGAGAAUCUGGAGUGCAGCGAACAGACGGGAAGCGUGGGCAGGAGCCGGCGCCCGGGGGCCCAACGCUGGGAGAUGCGGGUGCGCCUGGGCGCUCUGGCGGGAGCGGCGGCGCUGAGCGGGGCUCUGAGCUUCGUGCUGCUGGCAGCCGCCAUUGGCACCGACUUCUGGUACAUCAUCGACACCGAGAGGCUGGAAAGGAGCAGCCAGAGGGUGCGGGACCAGGGACCGGCCAACCGCAGCCGGCAAGAGCCUCUGAGCUCCCACUCGGGACUCUGGAGGACUUGCCGGGUCCAGAGUUCCUGCACGCCGUUGAUGAACCCUUUCUGGCAGGAGAAUGUGACAGUCAGCGACUCCAGCAGACAGCUUCUCACUAUGCACGGGACAUUCGUGAUCUUAUUGCCACUCAGUUUGAUCGUGAUGGUGUUUGGGGGCAUGACCGGGUUCCUGAGCUUCCUCCUCCGAGCUCACCUCCUUCUGCUGCUCACUGGGACCCUCUUUCUCUUUGGAGCCAUGGUGACCCUCACUGGAAUCAGCAUCUACAUUGCAUACUCGGCAGCUGCCUUCCGAGAGGCAGUAUGCCUCCUGGAGGAGAGGGCCCUGCUGGAUCAGGUGGACAUACGCUUUGGCUGGUCCCUGGCCCUCGGCUGGAUUAGUUUUGUAUCUGAGCUGCUCACUGGGGUGGUCUUCUUGGCAGCGGCGCGUGCGCUCGGCCUGAGCCAGAGGCAGGACCAAGCCAUCUGAGUUUGGCCAACCCAGGAGGCGCAGGGCCUUUUGGACCCAUCUCAGUGGAUGGCAACCUUUUCUUCCUCAAAUACCACUGAUAGAAGCCAGAGGGCCAGUGGUGGCUCGCUGAGGAUGAGCGCCCCCUGGCUGCUGUCUUUGUGCUCUCUGGGCUGCCCAUUCUGCUGUGAUGUGCGCAUGUGUGUGCCUCGGGUGGACCGGAAGAGGAGAGAGAGUGUGGAGCCCUUACCACCUGAAAAUAAACGCCAAUCCUAGUCA